AUUAUUACCCUGAGCCCCUGAGGCCUGGCUUAGAACUGCUACAGUGUUAUAGCCUUCAUCAGCCGCUACAGCUGUGGCGGCAAUUGGGGUUAGCGUUGUUGGACAGCCUUGAAGAUUUUAAUCUAUUAACGUUGUGAUCCAGCAGGCAUGUUCGUCAGCGAUGGACUCGCUUGGUCACUGAAGAGCUCAUCAUAUAGAACAACUAGUUAUUUUAGUCCAUUCAAUAGAAGAAGCAGAUCUUCUGCUGGUUUUUUGUCCUUGUUGAAUGUGACCCAUAUUUGCAGUUUCUCCAGCGAUGCAUUUUCUUCUAAAAGGAGUUCUUUAGUACCUGUGAUGUCCGCAAAGAAAGCUUCUGAAGGUUUGAAGCAGGAAGAUGGGAAAUAUAAGCACACCAUUGAUCUGCCAAAAACAACAUUUGGUCUCAGAGCAAAUUCAGUAAUCAGAGAGCCAGAAAUUCAAAAACUAUGGGAUGAAAACUAUGUUUUUAAAAGAGUCUCCGAGAGAAAUACUGGGGGAACUUUUGUCCUUCAUGAUGGCCCCCCUUAUGCAAAUGGUGAUUUACACAUAGGGCAUGCUUUAAAUAAGAUUUUGAAGGAUAUCAUUAAUCGUUAUAAGCUUCUUCAAAAUCAUAAAGUGAAGUAUGUGCCGGGUUGGGAUUGUCAUGGUCAACCAAUUGAGUUGAAAGUUUUGCAGUCAAUGGACAAUGAUGCUAGAAGAGAUCUAACACCCCAAAAGUUGAGGGCAAUGGCAGCUAAAUUUGCCAAAAGUACAGUGAAAAGUCAGAUGGCUUCAUUUAAGAGAUAUGGUGUAUGGGCAGACUGGGAUCAUCCAUAUCUUACUCUUGAUCCAGAAUAUGAAGCCGCUCAGAUUGAAGUAUUUGGCCAGAUGACUAUCCAUGGACAUAUCUAUAGAGGCAAAAAACCAGUUCACUGGAGUCCUUCAUCUCGAACAGCUCUUUCAGAAGCUGAGUUGGAGUAUAAUGAGGAGCAUGUAUCAAAGAGCUUGUAUACCAUUUUCAGAUUAGUCGAUGCUCCACCCGCUUCUGAAUAUUUGAAGGAAUUCAUUCCUAAUUUGUAUUUGGCAAUUUGGACAACUACACCCUGGACAAUUCCAGCCAAUGCAGCUGUUGCACUGAAUGCUAAACUUCAGUAUGCCAUUGUUGAAGUUCAAUCAGUGACAAUGGUCAAUUCUUUAACAAGAAAUGGAGCAAUGAUGCCAGGAAAGUUGUUGAAAUGUUUUGAGAACCUGUUCCUUGUUGUGGCACUGGAUCUUGUGUCAACUCUGGAGGCAAAAUGGAACUUAAAGCUUGUUGUGAAGAAAACUUUAUUGGGUGCAGAUCUUGAGAAUAGCCGGUACACCCAUCCCAUAGACAACCGAGAGUGUCCUGUUGUCAUUGGUGGUGACUAUAUUACUACCGAGUCAGGAACAGGGCUAGUUCAUACAGCACCUGGCCAUGGUCAGGAAGAUUACAUUACUGGCCUCAAAUAUGGCUUGCCAAUACUUUCACCGGUAGAUGAUGAUGGAAAAUUUACUGAAGAAGCAGGACCAUUCAGCGGCCUUGACGUUCUUGGGAAUGGGAACACUGCUGUCAUUCAAUACUUGGACGAACAUCACUCAAUGAUCCUGAUGGAGCCGUAUAAACACAAGUAUCCAUAUGACUGGAGAGAUAAGAAGCCUACAAUAAUCCGGGAAACUGAGCAAUGGUUUGCCUCUGUGGAAGGAUUUAGAGAAGCUGCAAUAGAUGCAGUCAAGGGAGUUAAUUGGGUACCGCCGCAGGCGGUGAAUCGUAUUUCUGCAAUGAUUUCUAGCCGCUAUGAUUGGUGUAUAUCCCGGCAAAGGACAUGGGGUGUUCCCAUUCCUGUAUUUUAUCACCUGGCAUCGAAGAAGCCACUUCUAAAAGAAGAAACAAUCAACCACAUUAGAUCGAUCAUUUCUCAAAAGGGUAGCGAUGCAUGGUGGCAUAUGACGGUCGAGGAUUUACUUCCUGAUAACUAUCGUGACAGAGCAUCAGAAUACAAGAAAGGGACAGAUACAAUGGAUGUUUGGUUUGACUCAGGCUCUUCAUGGGCUGCUGUGCUGGAAAAGAGGAGCGACCUUCAAUACCCUGCAGAUCUGUAUCUUGAGGGAACAGAUCAGCAUCGUGGUUGGUUUCAGAGCUCUUUGCUGACAAGCAUUGCAAGCAAAGGAAAAGCCCCUUAUUCUGGCGUCAUUACACAUGGAUUUGUCCUGGAUGAGAAAGGGCUCAAGAUGAGUAAAUCUUUGGGCAAUGUUGUUGAUCCCAGAACUGUAAUUGAAGGAGGGAAAAACCAAAAGGAAGCACCACCCUAUGGUGCUGAUGUUUUGAGACUAUGGGUUUCAAGUGUAGAUUAUACCGGAGAUGUACUGAUGGGCCCUCAAGUCCUCCGUCAAAUGUCUGAAAUGUACCGGAAAUUGCGAGGAACUUUGCGGUUUCUCUUGGCAAAUCUCCAUGACUGGAAUUUCGGCUAUGAAGUUCCAUACUGUGACCUUCCAAUCAUUGAUCAGCAUGCACUAUUUCAGCUUUCCUCCAUUGUGAAAAGCAUCAAAGAAAGCUAUGACAAUUAUCAGUUUUAUAAGAUUUAUCAGAUUGUUCAACGCUUUGCCAUUGUUGAUCUCUCCAACUUUUACUUUGAUGUAGCAAAAGAUCGACUGUAUGUUGGUGGGAGUAGUAGUUUUGCAAGAAGAAGUUGUCAAACUGUUCUUGCUACUCAUUUACUUUCAAUUACACGGAUAAUUGCUCCAAUUUUACCCCAUCUGGCUGAAGAUGUCUGGCAGCAUCUUCCUUUCCCGUAUAAUACUGAAGAUGGAAAUGGAAAUGUUGCCAAGUUUGUCUUCGAGUCAGGCUGGCCAGUAACAAAUGAGAAACAUCUUUCCUUCCCAGUGGAAGACAUCGAUUUCUGGGGCAAAGUUCUUGAGCUGAGAACUGAAGUGAACAAAGCACUCGAAGUUGCACGUGCUGGGAAGUUGAUCGGUGCCAGUUUAGAGGCAAUGGUCUAUCUGCACACUUCGGAUACCACACUUGCUGUACGGUUAAAGGAAGCAGCACAUGAACCCAAAAAUGAUGCUGAUGCAUUGCAUCGGAUCUUUAUAACAUCCCAGGUGGAGGUCCUUUCAUCCUUGGAAGAUGAACAGAUUGAAGGAAUACCAUACACAGGAGAGUAUGUUAUUCAAGGAGGAAGUAAAGUCUGGAUUGGCGUGUCCCGGGCAAAGGGAGAGAAAUGUGAAAGAUGCUGGAACUAUUCACCUCAAGUUGGUUCCUUUGAUGAGCAUCCUUCACUUUGCAGCCGAUGUCAUGAUGUCGUCACCAAAUAGGCAUCUCCCUGUGCUGAGUACACGGCAGAGGAAGUUACACAAGCCCUAGUGCAAUGAACAUGAGUGAUAUGGGGAUUAUACUGUGCUUCACAACGAAGCCCGUUUGCAAUUUUUUACUCCGUAUUAUUUAGGAAGCAGAAAAACUCUUGUCCCGAUUUUGAUUUAUGUAGUCUUACAAUGUUAUAUGUGGUCACUAACCUAAUAAUGACCUCAAUUGUUGAAAUUCCUCUUAACAAAAUUGUCACCGGUCCAGGUAAAUAGUUUGGUUGACGAAUUACUUUUAAAAAACAUACUCCGUACUUUAUUUCAUGAGUACUGAUGGAGCGAGGAAUCUGUGUGUUUUACCUA